UACAUUCAAGAUCAGAGCUCUCUGUUACAUUCAAGAACCUGAACUUUCACUCUGAGUGAAUAAAAGACACUCUGAGUAACAAAAAGUGUCAUGACCUGAUGUGAGUUUUAAAUUCAUUUUUUUGGUAACCAAUUGAACACAAGCUACUCAGAAAAGAUAGGAAAUUCUCACAUAUGUCUAGACAAGACAAAGAAGCUUGCACAAGAGAGUCAUGGGAGGAACAAGUAAUAGAGGUCAGAUAUUGAAUACAAGCUAAAGUAGAGUCAGGGAUUUGGGGUGGGAGUAAGUCUUCAAGAUUUGGGACUCUAACAUCUGGAAGCAGAAACACACCUGACCUGAAACUUGCAGGAAUAAGGAUUGAGUUUGGAUUUCACUUAUGGACAUGUUCACUGUGAAGGUUGCCUUCCGUCAAGGAGCCUCAGGAGCACACAGCUGGACAAAUUCACUAUCAGAUCCGGGGAUCUCACCAGCACAGACACUGCACUGAGCAAGCUGCUUCACUCUCACCAUGCUCGACCUGGACGCUUGGCCCCACAUUCCGCAGAGUAUCCUACUGCUGACCCUACUGCUGGGACUCACAGGAGCAGCUACACGGGAGCUGAGGGUGAUUCAGCCUGAGAAAUCAGUUUCUGUCUCUGCUGGAGACUCAGCCACUCUGAACUGCACUGUGACCUCCCUGAUCCCUGUGGGGCCCAUGAUGUGGUUCAGGGGUACAGGGCAGAGUCGGCACCUAAUAUAUAGUGUCACAGGAGAGAAGUUCCCCAGAGUCACAGAUGUUGCAGAUACUGCAAAGAGAAACAACCUGGACUUUUCCAUCCGCAUCAGUAGUGUCACACCUGCUGAUGCUGGAACCUACUACUGUGUGAAGAUCGUGAGAACAGAAUCUGACAGGGAGAUUCUGUCUGGGGGAGGCACAGUGCUGAAUGUGCUUGCUAAACCAUCUCUUCCUGUGGUGUCGGGCCCUGCAGGAAGAGUUAUUCCUGGGAAGACAGUGAACUUCACAUGUAAGUCCCAUGGCUUCUUUCCUCGAAACAUCACACUUAAGUGGUUCAAAGAUGGAAAUGAGCUCCCUCACUUCGGAACUGCUGUAGACCCCAAAGGAGAAAGCGUCUCCUACAAUCUCUCCAGCACAGCCCAGAUAGUGCUGAGCCCUCGAGAUGUCCACUCUCAGAUCAUCUGUGAGGUGUCCCAUGUCACCUUGCAAGGAGGCCCUCUCCGUGGGACUGCCAACUUGUCUGACACCAUCCGAGUUCCACCCACUGUGGAGAUCAGCCAGCACCCAUCAGUGCUAUGGAAGCAGAUAAAUGUCAGCUGCAAGGUGAGUAAGUUCUACCCUUUGAGACUACGACUGAUUUGGUUAGAGAAUGGAAAUAUAUCCCGGACAGAAGAUCCUUCUCCACUCACCGUCAUCAAGGAUGGAACCUCCAGCUGGACCAGCUGGCUCCUGGUCAACAGAUGUGCUCAUGAGGAGGACCUGGUACUCAGCUGCCUGGUGGAACAUGAUGGACAACCACCAGUCAUGAAACAUCACACUGUGAUGCCCAGAGCACAUCGCAGUGAGCAAGAACCGAAGACAUCAGAUACUGCUGAGGUCCUUGUAGCUGUGCUCCUUGGACCCAAACUGCUACUGGUAAUUGGUGCUGUUGCCAUCUACAUGCACAAGAAGCAGAAGGCCUGACUGGUCUCAGACUACAAGAAGUUGGUGAGAAGCUGUGGAAGAUUGCUCUGAAUGCCUCCCUUAUAAGGACAACUCCAUCUUAGAAUUUCCUUUUGUUCCCCUAUAAGCAUUAAUAGCUCACAGUUCUGAUGCUGUUGUUAUUGGAUUCUAUUCUUGGGAUUCUUAAUCUCAUUAAUAAAAUAAUUUAAGAAUGAA